AUGUCAAAGAGGUUGAACAAGAGACAACAGAGAGAGCUGGAAGAGCUCGCGGCUAUCAAGUCACACCAAAGAGAGAUUCUGAAGGAGGAACUUUCCCAAUCUGACGGCCAGUCCGAGGAAGAACAAGUAGCGGACGAUGCAGCUGGUCCUUCCAACGCUUUCGCCGCCAAAAAAACUCCUGCGGCACUCGUGUCUGAACAGGAUCCUGAGAAAGCGGGAACGUCCUCAACUAUCCCUCGAAAAGGUGGCAAGAAGAAAGGGGCUAUUAAGACGUCUUCGCCAGAGGAGGAAAUGGAUGAUCUUGAUCGUGCACUUGCCGAUAUAAGCAAGAAAUACGGAGAACCCUCUUCAUCUACACUUCAGCAAAGAUCUAAUCAAACACCUUCUUCUUCCUCUAUUGCCCUCCGAAACCUUCUCUCGGUCGAUCCCAAAAAUCUUGACGCCGAUGCAGAGUUACGGCGAUUUUUUGGGUCAAAGGUUAUCGCCUCCUCCGCUUCGACUGGAAACAAACACAGGGGACCGAGUGUCUCCACCAAGCUGAAGUUCACACUUUCAAAACCGAAACCUCAGUAUCCUCCAGCUACUUCUUUGUCUGGACUGGGAAUGCGAGAGAUGACAGAUGACGAAGUGAACGAUCUCUAUGAUCGGAGAGACUGGGGGGAGCCAGAAGACGGGGGGAAAUGGUUUACGUUUGAGCAUUCUGGGGCAUGGAGGGAGAUAGAGAGACAGUUUCUUGGUGCUGUUAGCUCACAUGAUCCAAAUCAGCUCAUGGCCUUAUUGCAAGUCUACCCUUGGCACGUGGACACAUUGCUGCAAAUGAGUGAAGUGUAUCGUCUUCAGUCGGAUAUUGGUGCCGCCUCCGACUAUGCAGAAAGAGCUUUGUACGCCUUUGAUCGUUGUUUAAUCCCUGGUUUCAGCGUGUCGACAGGUACUUCUCGAUUAGACUUUGAUAGAGUGGAGAAUCGUGCGCUCUUCACCGGCAUUCAUAGAAUCAUCUCAUACUUGGGAAGACGGGGAUGCUGGGUUACUGCUUUCAAUUUCGCCAAACUCCUCUUCUCUCUAGAUCCAUUCGGUGAUCCACACGGCGCGGCAUUCUGGCUAGAUUUUCUAGCCAUCAAAUCUGGUAAUCGGGAAUGGCUGUUUUCCAUGUCGGAGCGGACGGACAUUGCGGCAGCCCGCAAUUUCCAAGCUUAUCCAGGUAUGGCAUAUGCCAAAGCUCUCGCACUUCGAGAACAAGAGAAUAUGUCUAAGAACGAGGAUCACACGAAGUCUGAUGAAGCACUACGUUUCGCCAUGCAAACCUUCCCUCAAGUCAUCAUCCCUUUAUUCGACAAGCUCUCCAUUUCCCUUCCCCCCUCAGCUCGAAGUCAGGAUCUACUGAGCAUUCACGCAGGCUACGAACCUCAUCCCUCUAACCCCCUGCAUCUUCUAAGCCACAUCUACGUGUCUCGUUCGGAGGCAUUAUGGAAAGAUUCUUCCCACUUAUCUUGGCUUCAAACUCAACUUCCCUUGGCACUAAAGACCAUCGAUGGAGCUGAAGCUUUACUAUCCCGUGCAAACGCAUUAUCUUGCUUACAAUCCCCUCGUGAUCCAGUGGACCAAAUGACCAAUACUCCCACAUUCAUUUGUCGACAUGUUUUAUGUUCUGAAUCUACCUCAUUUGCUGGGUUUUUACCACCUGAAAUCACGUCAAUGACCAUUCUCGCUUAUGAUCCUCUCCCUCCUUCCACCGCCAUGACUAUAUACAACGCGGAAUAUUUCAAUGGGAUCGUGGCUAGAAGGAGAGGACGGGGAGUGGAGGGGCAAGAUAACAUGACGCGGGUGAAUACGUUAGGAGCGGCGUUGGCAGAGUUGGUAGAGGCCGCUAUGCGAGAAGGGGUCAAUUGGAGAGUUGCAUUAGAUGGAUUGUUCGCUCGUUUCACCGAACGAGAAGAAUUUCAGGCUAUGCCACAGGAAGCAAGGGAUGCUGUGGUUGGACAUAUGGCGGCACUUGGAGAACAGAUGGCUCGACAGAGGAAUCAAGAAGGUAGAAUGCCCGGUGGUUUCGGUCAAGAGAGAGAUGACGAGACUGAUUAAUCAAAUCGGCGUCGUCUGAAGAGAUAUCUCUUCUCGUCAUUCAUGUCCUUCCUUGAAUAAAUUACACAUAGUACAACAUCAUGGAUUUAAACCGUCUAAACCC